AUGUUGCUCACUCUCGGACCAGCACAAACAGAUUUUGAAUUCAAAGUUCCUCAUGGUUUCGCUUCGCCACCGCCGUCUUCCAGGUCCCCUUCCCUUCUCUCCAACGGUGGCAGCUCAUAUCAUCCCUUACCGGCGAAGAGAACCUCCGACAUGAGCACGCAUCGAGGGUUGCCGCCUCCGAUAGGCAUGGCAUUGCCGGAUCCAAGUCGAGGACCCCCUCCUCCUGCUCUACCACCAUCUCUUGGUCAGAUGCCCGCACCGCCGUCCCAGUGGCAGGGCGCGGAAGAGUCAAUGCGGAACUGGCUCACUGCAAAAGCCGAAGAAGAGCGUAGGCGGCAAGAGGAGGAAAAGACACGCCAGGAGAACCUACGACUGGAGCAACGGAAGAUUGAGCAUGCGAUGUUGAGAGAUUCGAUGCAAGGGGGUGUGCCGGCUCAUCUGGUUCCCAUGAUCUUCGCGGGUAUUGGAGGCGCCAAUCUUGCCAACGUCAGUUUGGAUUGGUUGCAACAGUAUGCUACUCAGCUUCAAGCUUCGCAGCAACAGCAACAGCAAGUAGCUGCUCAAACACAACCGAUUUCUCCAGACAGUCGGAGGGAGCCCCGACUGAUUAAUCCUCCACCUCCACCACCGAGUUAUCCAAUAGCGCCUCCGGUAGUGAUUCCUCACAAUCCCCAAGCUGCUCAGCCAGGAUCCUUCUCUCCAUACCCAUCCAGCACCCUCUCUCCGAGAAGUAGAGCUCAAGUUGCGCCGACAUCCGCUCCUCGCCCGCCACCUCCGCCUCAGUCCGCUCUCCCGCGGCUGACAACGGGAGAUAUUCAGAUUCAAAAUCCUCCAACAAGCCAGCACCAUGUACCUCACACCGCGCAUCCUUUACAGUCCGAGCCGCCGUCUUCAUCUCCAUCGAUCUAUUUCCACCAUUGGGUGCCGCCUACCACGCAAGGUACAAGCGGAAACGUUCCCAAUACCCCAUCAGACUAUUCCGCUUCGCCCAGGAAAAGGAAAUCCCAAGGCCCCCAUCCUCCACCUCCUCCACCUACCUCCAUACCCCAAUAUACUUCUCCUUCAUUUUCUCAUGGGUCUUCAGCUGCCUCUACGCCGGGACGCAGAGGUCACGGAAGAAAUCGAUCGGACGCCUCCCGUGGCGAGUUCGCCGGACGAGUGGGUACCGGGAGUCGGCCCCACACGGCUUCAAGCGUGGCCGAGAGUGGCUUCUUCGCUGAGCCCUCAUCAGAAUUUACCCGAAGACGAGAAAGAAGCGAAAGUGGAAGUCAAGGGAGCCGCAGUGAAGCGGAGAAGAGACGUAAAGUGAACAUUCCGACCGGUUCGGAAGAGCGGGGGAGGGGGAUUGCAUAG